AUGGCAUCUACUAGCAUAACUACCCAAAUUGUUGAUUUUAACAAUCAUCUCUUCCAAAUUGAUACACUCAUUAUUAAAGAAACCUUUAUGAUAUCAGGUCAACUCUUGACAUACUUUUCUGAACUAUUUGAAUCACUUCACAAGAACAAUAACCCAUUUGGGGGAUUUCAUGAAUUUAAAAACAAAACUAAUUUACCAGAAACAAUUAAAAUUCAACCUGACACAAGAGUUAUGUUUCUCAACAACUCUCAACACUGCCAUCGAAUAGCAAAUAGUACCAUAGGUAUCAUUACAGAUCUAGAUCUAGACUUAAGUCUUGUCUAUGUCAAUUUCUGUGUUGAAGGAGCUAUUAUAAAUGUUUCUUUUUCUAAAUACACUAGCAAUUUCUAUAUAAAUAGUAUACCUGCUAGUUAUACCCAAUUCCCAAUACAAAAUGCAUUCGCUUUGACUGUUCACAAAACACAAGGACUCACCCUUCCUGAUGUAUCUUUGAAUCUGAAUGACCAAAUCUUUGCUCCCGGUCAAGCAUACAUAGCACUAAGUCACUGUACUAGAUAG